AUGCCCGGGGCGUCGCCUCCCCGCGGCUCCUGCACCCUCACCAACAUCCUUACCGCCUUCCUCGCGGGCAUCCCCGAAGUCCCCUCCUCCCGUCCAGAUCUCCCUCCCUUUCCUCUCGGGACUCCCUCCCCGUUCAGUCUGGGCGACAGCUACCCUUGUCCCGCCACACCGCAUCCCACCCAGUACCGCAGCCCGGGUGCCUGUCCAGGCCACCCGGAGAAGAGUUUAAACCUGCCGCCACCUCCCGCUGAGAAGACAAAUGCACUUUCCAGCCCGCCGGCGUUUGCUCGCUGCGCAGCUGCUGGGCUCGGAAAGCCUGCCGGCACCAGGGACUCCGGGCGACCCAAGGCUUCACGGGCCCCGAGCUGCCCAGACUGGCGUGCCGAGCCAGCCAAAGCCGCGGCUCUGGCCCGCGCGCACGCGUCCAGGAGGAGCAGCAGCCAGGCCCGGGUGAUGCGCAGUGAACGAAGGGGAAUCUUUGGCAGCAGGGAUCCAAGGCGCAAGCACGCCCAAGGGGGCGAGGCGCACACGCAGAAGCCGCAGCGCACUGCCGGCGCUUCUGGGUUCUCAGCACCAGGGGGCACCCGAACCCGCCAAGCCCCCCGUGUCCACGCGGCGGAGAGGCUGGGGCUGCUGGGGGCCCAGCCGCUCCCCUGCGAUCCCAGCGCCCUGCAAUGCCAAUACCCGCUGCCCUCUCCACCUCGGCCCGCUCCUCCACUUACCUCGGAUCCGGUCUCCGCAGACCCCCAGUUGGACAUUAACUCCAGGAGCCCCGAGUCCCAGCCAGGAGAAGCAUCUGGGGCGCGGGUAGGAGCGCGGAGCCCCGCCCAGCAGGUUGGGGGCAAGAGUUCGCAAUCCGGGGGCCCCGCGGGGCGGCGAGGGCGCGCUGGAGGCGGCGGCCAAGGUUCCCGCGGCCGCCGCGAGGAGGGCGAGGGCGGCCGACAGUGCCCUCGCCAGCCCUCCACACCCCCAGAAGUCGAAAUCCGAGCAGCCGCCCCUGCCUUGGGUGGGGGGCGACACGGCUGCGCGUGCAGCACUCUUCGGGGAGCUGCGCGAGCCGGGGACCAGGCGGGCGAUUCAGCGGCAGCGGCCUCGCUCUGCGCCUCCUCGGGGCGCAGGGCUGGUGAGCACAAGACGGGCCGGGCUGAUGCUGCCGCCGGAGCUGAGAUCUGGCCUGGGAAUCCAAACGAGACACCACGUCAACCAGCGCGGGGAGUCCCGUGA